ACUAGAGGUAUCUCGGGUUAGGUUAGGCUGCUGCACGUGUUUUGUUUUCCGGGCUGUUCUGUCUCCAAAGUGUCCAAAAAUUAUUGUUACUUGAUUUUGUUGAGUUCUGGGGAGCUAUCAUGGGAAAAGCGAAGAAGAUCAAGGUGACCAACGCUGAUAGACCCGAGAAAAUUGCACUCGGGGAUCAGAUCGAAGGGGAGAAGUCAGUGAAGAUGAGAAAUCGACACAAGAUCCGGUUUCGCAGGGAUGAAGAUGAAGAGUUUGUUGACGCGAAUCUCUCUCAGAAGAUUCUCUCCCAAGCGCGUAAACAGCAGCUGGAGCUCUCAGAGGACAUGUCUCCCUCAACCUCCAAAAAACCUCUUACAAAAUUGGGUCCAGACCUAAGCGACGAGGAAGACCCACCAAGCGAGGAUGAAGUGACAUCCCAGGACUACUACGAGGAUAUACAGAUAAACGCGGAAGACGAGAUGGCCCUCCAGAUGUUUAUGGAUAGAGAUAGAGCUCCCACGCGUACCCUGGCUGACAUAAUAAUGGAAAAACUCACCGAAAAGAAGACAGAAAUAGACACUCAGUUCUCAGACGUCGGUUCCCUUCAGAUGCAGGAGCUGGACCCCCGAGUGAAGACGAUGUACGAGGGUGUGCGGGACGUACUUGUUAAAUACCGAAGUGGAAAAUUGCCAAAAGCCUUCAAGAUAAUUCCGAGCCUUCGAAACUGGGAACAGAUUCUCUACAUUACUGAUCCCCCAAGGUGGUCAGCAGCAGCCAUGUACCAGGCAACGAGAAUUUUCGCGUCAAAUCUGAAGGAGAAAAUGGCCCAGAGGUUCUUCAACCUCGUUCUCCUCCCCAGAAUCAGGGACGACCUCGCCGAGUACAAGAGACUGAAUUUCCACCUGUACCAGGCGGUCAGGAAGGCCCUCUUCAAGCCUGGGGGCUUCAUGAAGGGAAUUCUCCUGCCACUGCUGGAGUCCGGUACUUGCACAUUGAGGGAAGCUGUCAUAGUUGGUUCUGUCAUCGCCAAGAACUCCAUUCCAAUUCUUCACUCGUCAGCUGCGAUUUUGAAAAUUGCCGAGAUGGAUUACACAGGAGCUAACAGCAUAUUCUUGAGGAUUUUCUUUGAUAAAAAAUAUGCACUGCCUUAUAGGGUGGUUGAUGGUGUAGUCUUUCACUUCUUGAGGUUCGAGAGGGACUCCAGGGAGCUACCUGUCCUCUGGCAUCAGGCCUUCCUUACUUUUGUGCAGCGGUACAAGGGAGAUAUCAGCUCGGAACAGAAGGAGGCACUGCUGGAACUGCUAAAGAAACAGCAUCAUCAUACGAUCACUGCAGAAAUCCGUAGGGAGCUCAUGCAUGCCAAGUGCAGGGAUGUCGAGGGAAUCGAGCCUGAACAGGAACCCAUGACUUUGUGAAGUGGAUCGCGGAGGUUUUACUGUUGAAUAUUCAUUUUCACUUCAAAUUUUAAAAAACAGUCAUUUAAAUAAAUUAUCAACCAAUUUUAGGUCAUUGAAAUAAAUAAUUGAAACCACAAACUAAAAAA